UCCUUGAGCACUUCUCUGCCAAGCCUGAUUGGUGGAGCCACACAAGGGCGUUCCAACACCUGGCCCGUAGCUUGCUUGCCCUCGCCUCCCAGUUGAGAAGAAUCCACUGGGCCAUCCCCGCUGACUUCCACCUUUGUUUUGCCUGGCUCGCUUUGACCUGCUCCACCACGCCGCGCUCCCCCCUUGCAGCUCAGUCUUCUUUCUCCUCCCCUCAUGGUGAUCUUCUUUCCUGAUUGUGGCCAACAUAACUACUAGAGAGCUACUUGCCGAGGCCCCUGACUCAAGUUAAAAAAGACAGCAACAUUGCAGCCGAGCCCUCACGAUGGUGAAGAAGACGAUCGUGGUGGCCCUGGCGCUGCUGCUAGUGGCAGCGGCGGCCACGUUUGUGGGCGUCUUCUUCGGCGUGGGGGCAAGGAAGCGCCCAAGUGAGCAAGUGUACUUGAGAGCAGCUGUGGCGGCGGACGCUGGGCCAUGUUCUGUGAUCGGCAGUGACACGCUGAAGAAAGGAGGCUCCGCCGUCGAUGCUGCUAUAGCCGCCUUGCUGUGUGUGGGACUGAUGAACGCUCACAGUAUGGGCAUCGGGGGAGGGCUUUUCAUCACCAUCUACAAUGCGUCAACUGGGAGAGUGGAGACCAUCGACGCCAGGGAGACGGCGCCUCGUAAUGCGACAAAGAACAUGUUUGGCAACAGCACUGAUUUGUCUCAGAGAGGUGGUUUGUCUGUGGCCGUACCGGGGGAGAUCCGGGGUUACGAGCUGGCCCACAAGCGACACGGCAAACUGCCUUGGAAGGAUUUGUUCCAGCCCAGCAUAGAUCUGGCAGAAAAUGGCUUUCCUUUAGGCAGGGCUCUUGCCUCUGCUUUGUCGAAACAUAACAACACCAUCAUCAAAGACUCAGCCUUGUGUGAGGUCUUCUGCAGGAAUGGCAGCGACAUCCUGAAAGAAAAUGACACCAUUAGGUUCCCAAAGCUUGCAAACACCUACAGGAAGAUAGCGCAGGAGGGGCCUGAGGCGUUCUACCACGGAGAACUAGCGGAGAACCUGGUGGCGGAUAUUCAAGCUGCAGGCGGCAUCAUCACAAUGGAGGAUCUGAGGGAUUAUGUGCCCGUCUUGGAUGAGAAGCCUUUGAGCGUGAAUGUGGGGGAGUACACCAUGGCUGUUCCCAAUGCCCCCGCUAGCGGCCCUGUGCUCUCGCUGAUAUUAAACAUCUUGAAUGGGUAUCACUUGACGUCGGACAGCGUGGCCAGCACUGAGAAAAAGAUCCUAACAUACCACCGCGUCAUGGAGGCUUUUCGCUUCGCCUACGCAAAGAGGACCUUGCUGGGAGACCCUGCGUUCCUCAACAUCACCGAUCUCAUCGAGAACAUCACCUCGCAGGCCUACGCCGAUGACAUCCGAGCAAAAAUCACAGAUGAAACAACUCACCACAUGAAUUACUACGAGCCAGAAUUCUACCUUCCUGACAACCAUGGGACCUCGCACCUGUCCGUGGUAGCUGAGGACGGCAGCGCCGUGGCGGCCACCAGCACCAUCAACCAAUUUUUGGGCUCCAAAGUCAUGUCGAGAUCAACGGGGAUACUCCUCAACAACGAAAUGGACGACUUCAGCUCUCCGCACAUCACGAAUGGCUUUGGAGUGCCUCCUUCACCCAGCAACUUCAUCAGGCCAGGGAAAAGGCCCAUGUCCUCCAUGUGUCCAACCAUCCUCUUUGACAAAAAUCACCAAGUUAAGAUGGUGGUGGGAGGAUCCGGUGGCACAAAGAUCACCACCUCCAUCGCUCAGGUGAUUCUGAAGGCGCUCUUCUUUGACUACGAUUUGAAGAAAGCCGUGUCCGACCCGAGGCUGCACAACCAGCUGAGUCCCAACUACACUGUCGCAGAGCACGACUUCGACAAAAACAUCAUGGCCGGCUUGACGAAGAAGAACCACGAGACGUCAUACCUCAAGUCGACCGGAGCCGUGGUGCAGGCGGUGGUUCGUUACGACGACGGUCUCCAGGCUGAGUCGGACCCUCGCAAGUGGUCGUACGCCGCGGGCUACUGAGGUCACCACCGCUACUCUCGAGCAGUAGAUCGGAGAUUCACACUAGAGACUCAACACUCAUUUGUUCUGUCAAUAAUUUCAUUUGCAGAAUUAUGUUUCUAACAAACGUCGAACAAACGAACCCUCAGGACCAAAACAAAAAGUUGCUACUCUUACCUGCUGUAUCUUGAUUAUAAUCAGACUAUGAAUGUUCAAAGCACAGCCGCCCUGUAAGCUUUUGUCCAAUCAUAAAAGUGUACACUCGCUAUUUAUGAAGCCCUUUUUGUAAAUCAUUACCACUGUCAAACGUCAUUGCUGUCCAUUAAAACGUGACCUUGUCAUGUCCAGUGAACACAGCUGCUCUUUGC